GCACGCCCCUCGACCCAACCCAAUGGCGCUCUCGCUCGCGCGCAGCCCCCACCCCGCCGCGGCGCUCCCGGCCCCGCGGGCUUCCCAGUUUGCCCCUCCUCUGCCCCCGCUCCGCUCCCCUCGCCGCCAGCACCGGGCGGGCCUCCGCCUCCGCUUCCCGGGCGCCGCCGCCGUCGCGGCCUCGUCACCCCCCGCGGCGGCGGCGGAUGAGCAGGGGGAGAAGCGGCGGAAGCUGUACGUGGCCAACCUGCCCUGGUCCCUGCCCGCGCCGGAGGUCGAGAAGCUCUUCGCGCAGUGCGGCACCGUCAAGGACGUCGAGCUGAUCAAGGGGAAGGAUGGGAGGAACAGGGGGUUCGCGUUCGUGACGAUGUCGACGGCGGAGGAGGCGGCAGCCGCCGUGGAGAAGCUGAACUCACAUGAUGUAAUGGGGCGUUUAAUCAAGGUGCAGUUUUCAAAGAGCUUGAGAAAACCCGCUCCACCUCCUCCUCCAGGCACCAUUAUAGAGAGGCACAAGCUUUACGUGUCCAAUCUUCCAUGGAAAGCGAGAGCUCCCAAUGUCAAGGAAUUCUUCUCAAAAUUUAACCCGCUUUCUGCUAACAUUAUCUUCGAUAAUGGAAAAGCAGCUGGCUACGGUUUUGUUUCCUUUGGGACAAAAGAAGAAGCAGAGGCUGCUCUCAGUGAGCUUGAUGGAAAGGAACUUAUGGGAAGACCUAUUCGUUUGCAAUGGAAGGAAAGUGGCGAUGAUAAGGAUGAGGUUGUAAAAGCUGACGGUGAAGUUGAAACUGUAAAUACUGAAGGAGCAAGUGUGGAUGAUGCCAGCAAUGAUGGAGGUGAAGAUAAACAGGAAUAGUAAAAAACACUAUACUGGCCUGCAGGAAGGAAGUUUCUUCUGCCUUAUUGAUAUAAGCACAGUGCACAGCUAUGGAGCCUUGAUGUACAGCUAGAAGUUUUUUCCCCAUACUUCCUGGUGUGUGAGUGCAUGAUCAUUGUGUCUAUAUGCACUUAUCACUCAUGGUUGGUACUUGAAUUAAUUUGUUUGUGGAAAAUUUAAUUCCACGACAAUCAUCAUAAAACUUCUCAUUAGUCGUAUGCAUUGAGGAAUAUUCAAUGUGCUAUAUGUAGUUUGCUUCCCUACUUUCUUGGUGUCACUACCACUCCCUGAAUUUUUCUGUACUUCAACAUUUACCUUGCAAACUGCAAUCAUGAGAGAUUCAUGCA